UUGAACUAAUGCUCCAUCAUGACAGUUAAUUUUUAAAGUUUACUGGUGAAUAUAUUCAUUAGUUGUCGAAUUAAUUAUAUUUGAUUUUCUGAAUAUUUAUUGCUUUACAUGUAAAUAUAAUGUCGACACUUGACGCAUCUCAUAUUUCUACUCUAGUUGACAUGGGGUUUCCUACAUCCAGAGCUGAAAAAGCUUUGUUAGCUACUGGAAACAAAGGUGUUGAACCAGCUAUGGACUGGUUACUUUCGCAUCCGGAGGAGAUUGAAGAUAUAUCAUCAGAAGCACCGGCAAAUCAAAAUGAUUCAACAACUCCUGAGUCAGAAAAUAAAUCUAUGGAAGAGAAAUCUGAUAAUAAUACUAAUGAUUCUAGUUCUGUAGAAGCCAAGUCCUUAAAAUGCGAUGUGUGUGGAAAAUUAUUCAAAUCAUCUUUAGAAGUAGAAUAUCAUGCAACGAAAUCGGGUCAUGAUAGUUUUUCUGAAAGCCUUGAGGAAAAAAAACCAUUAACUGAAGAAGAAAAGAGAGCAAAGUUAAAAGAGAUUGAGGAAAAGCUGAAACAAAAACGUAGAGAAAGAGAAGAACUUGAAAAAAAAGAAUCUUAUGAAAAAGAGAAAAUUCGAAUCAAGUCUGGAAAAGAAAUGGCAGAAGCUAGAAAAAAAAUGGAAGAAUUGGAGAUGAAAAAAAUAUUAGAACAACGAAAACGUGAAAAAGAAGAAGAUAGACUUGCUCGUCAAGCGAUUCGUGAAAAAAUUGAAGCUGACAAAGCAGCUCGACGGGCUAAAGCUGCUGCUGAACGUGGUGAAACUCUUCCAGCAACAUCACCGGUUGCAUCAGCCCCUACUUCAGCCACACCUAUCCCAAAGCGUGAUUACAACGAAACAAGACUUCAAAUUCGUUUAACAAACGGCGAUAUACUGACACAAAAUUUUGGUGUUAAAGAACAACUUUCUGCCGUAAGAUUGUUUGUAGAAAUGAAUAGAACUGAUCCACCAGAGCCAUUUGAUUUAUUGACAACGUUUCCGAGAAAAGUCUUUACGGCUGACGAUUAUGAUACUCCAUUAGAUGUUCUUGGUUUAGUUCCAUCGGCUGUUGUUAUUGUUCAGAAGAAAUGAUCACUGUAAUAAACUUCGAGUAAAGUAAUUCGGUAUCCAAAGACCUUGGAGGAUCUCAAUAGUAAAUUGGUGGCAUAAUUUGUGUGUGACUUUAAAAAUCAUUGUUGAGUUUUUACUCUCUUGUCUUCAAACUUUUAUAAAUGAUUGUAAAAAAAAUUAUACAGUAAUAUAUUUUUUGAAAAA